AUGAGCACUCGUUCUGACACAGGAUCACGCUUGGCUUCCUCCGACGACGACGCGCUUCCAAGUCUCUUCCCGUACAUUCCAACGUACGAUCCCAGCGCAUACACUCGUCACCUGUCGCAAGCACACGCCUCGUCCAGCCUUGACGAUGCGUCCACUGCUGCCUCGGAUCACAUCGCAUCUCGCUGCGCACCGACUCGCAUCCUCCUCGCUCAAAAAGCUCUUCAAAGGGACGAAGGUGGGAAGAAGAGAGCAAGGGAUGUCUGGGAGGAUGCAGCUUUGGAUGGCACCGAGGAGUUCAGAGAUGUGAAUGGCAAGUUGAGGAGGAGACGAAAGGAUGCCGCUGUGAGCAAGCUCGAGCGUGCUGGUGUGGCUGACGAAGGGGAUGAAGAGGCGCAGGGAAAAUCGGCGAUUGCGUCUUCGGUUGCAAUUGGCCCCACCACCUCGGACGCGUGCAGAGACCAGCUGUGCAGCACCUCUGGCCAGCUAUCCACGCCUACAUGCGCUAUGCCGAGCGCAUUUCGGUAAGUGCGCGUCGCGAUAGCAUGCGCAGCUCUGCAACUCAUUCCUUGCUCGCCUUUCUACAGCUUUGCAGAGCACUCAGAAGAGCUCAGCGUCUACGUUUCGCGCGAGCCUCGACCAGAGAUGAAUCUGCUUCGUCAUGCCGUGCAAACAAGCCUAUUGCACACUCGUCCUUCGCGUGUUCUGACGGAACGCACGCAAGCCGACACAGCCUCAUCACACGAGUCUUACUCGACCAUCUUGACAUUUGACAUCUACUCCCUUCCCCAUUUGCGUCGUACUGGUCAUACGCCCACUCUCAACCAGCCAGCUGCACCAAAAGACGGUGAGAGUGCGCCCUUCGGUCCUGACAGUGCUAGGCGACGAAUGCCGCUCUUUCUCUCUUCUCAGCACACUUAUCAAUCUCAAACCAUGGAAGUACGCGCUUCCCAGACGCUUGGGUGUCUUUUCGAUGGGAUGAUCUGCAGGACAAAGGAUGUACCGCACAUGGCGUCUCGAGUCACUGUCCAAGAGGGCAGGUCGAACUCUUGCGGCGCUCCUAGGACUGGAGCGAUUGAUACGACCGACUCGAGAUCGACUGGGAGUAUGCAGGCACGAAGCACGGGCAACAAGAUGACAUCCUCAAUGGCUUGCAUGGUUGGAAGCACGAUCUUUGGUCUUGCUGGCGAAUCUUUCGAUGAGAGCUAUGCACAGUGAGUGGUUACUGCCGUGUCGGACGUGCUCGCUGCGCCACUCGAGGCUCACGCUGAUCACAAAAGCUGCAUCCUCUCCCCCCCUGCUCAUUUGCUCGCAGGGCUCUUUUCAAGAGGCUCAAAAGUGCAGACCUUCCGCCAGCUGUACCAAGCUCCGCUUCUGCGCUGCAUCAUCAUCCUCAUCUUUUUGCGUCAGAUGAACCAAGGACAGGCGCCCGCGUCGCCUUGUCGGCACAUGAUGCUCACUCUGUCCGUCUAGACACUCUUGAGCUUGACGUGAGACAGAGCAUCUGGUUCUUGCAUCAUGGGGCUUGCGAGCACUACGCCGUAUUGAACAGCAUCAGAUGGGACAGCGGAAAUGUGCUGGAUGCAAGAAAGGUGCGCGGAAAUUCCGAGAAGAGGGAGCGAAGGCAGAGCUCGGCGCGAGAGUACACCGAUUGCAACAGCCACGCACCUGCAAAUGAUACUAGCCAUGCAGCUUCACACGACGCUUAUCCUCGACAUACGUACAUCAACGCCGAGGCGCUCCUCAGACCGAUCGUCAAGUACAGCAAAUUGUACAGCAUGCCGGAGCAGUACGGUCUGGGCAAAUGCUGCAUUUGUACGCGCAAGACUGCUCGAAUGAUCAUCGUUGGGGGAGCCAGAGUGGUGGGGCAAGUCUAUCCGGAGCUGGAGGGCGAGGCAAGAGGUCGACAUGGGAGCGGCUCGAGCGGGAACGAGGCAGGUGCUGGCGAGACAUCCGCACGUCGAGGCGCACCUCGGUUGAGAGUGGCAGGCCUGCCACGCCAAAAUAUGCCGGCGUGCGAAUCAUGCUGGCAGCUCAUUUGUCCAGAUCUGCCCCCUUGGUGGCAGGCGUACAACACCUCAAAGAAGCGAGACGAGGAGGGCAGCGAUUCGAUGAAAAGGGCGACACGAUCGAAUGGCUACGCGUCGUUGGAGGAUGCUACUGGAAAGAGUUGGAGUUUUGCCCGAGGAAAAGGUUGGGCGGUGAUCCCUUUGCUGGAUUGA